AUGGAUCUGGUACACCAGGCCAAAUUAUCUUGGACGAAAACAUCAUGGCAUCAACGUUUGAAGCCCUCCAGAAUAUUUAAAUCUGCUGUGGAAAACGACGCGUCUGGUCCACCCGGACGCUACAACCUUCCAAACCAUAUCACAGGGCUUACGUUCGAUGAUUUCGGAGAUUUUUUACUGACCGCCUCGGAGGAUGAAACCUUUAGAUUAUAUAACGCGAAAACUGGGAAACACGUGAAGACUCUCGCGUCCAAAAAAUACGGAGUCGAUCUGCCGAGGUUUACGCACAAGAACACAACUAUUGUUUAUGCAUCAACCAAGGAAGACGAUACUAUUCGAUACCACUCUUUACAUGACAAUAAGUAUCUACAGUAUUUCCGAGGCCACAAAAAGAAGGUGAUUUCCUUGGACGUGUCUCCUGUAGAUGACGGGUUCAUGUCUUCCUCUCUCGACAACACGGUCAGACUGUGGGAUCUACGCUCUCCCCAAUGUCGAGGCUUACUAAACCUACCUGCUCCACCAGUUGUAGCAUAUGACUCUACAGGUGUUGUCUUUGCUGUUGCCGUGAACCAAUAUUCGCGUAUUCUACUAUACGAUAUGAGUAACUUUGACAAGGAUCCGUUCAAGACGAUUCACCUUGACGACGUACGCUUGGCCAAGAUUUCGUACCCACCGCGUAUACCAGUGAUGACUUCCAUGUCGUUCUCAACCAACGGUAAAUGGCUUCUGGUCGGGACAGCUGGGGAGGUACACUACGUUCUUGAUGCAUUCGAUGGAGAUCUUUUAUGCAGGCUCGAGGGUCAUCUUGGACUCGAACGUGGUAAAACGGGCAAUUCCCUAGGGGUCGUACCUGAUCGAGGGAUAUCAGGGGAAGAGGUGUGCUGGACUCCGGACUCUAGAUUCGUGGUCAGUGGGUCUCAGACCGGCAAAAUACAUGUCUGGGAUGUAGCCAAAUUCUUGGAACGCCAGCCCCCACUAACUCCGCAAUCGGAAGUACCAACAUUGAACGCAUCGUUAAGCUUGGAUGGACAUCCAGGAGCCAGCCGAUGUGUGAAGUUUAAUCCUCGAAACUGUAUGAUGGCAACGGCUGGAGCGGAAUUGGCGUUCUGGCUGCCCGAAGCGAGCACAGAUGGGUCCAAACAGCCAGGAAAUUAG